AUGUCCAACGAUCCGUACAAGACCAACGAGCCCGCCGAGUCUCUGUGGAUUGAACAGACCUACAACGCUACGACUUAUAUUGGGGCUAUCGCAUACGGUGCACAACUGGUCAUUGCCUAUCUUGCCAUUUACCACAUUCUAUACGGGAAACGGCAGAAGUUCGCCUGGCAGUACAUAACUUAUAUCGCCCUCCUGGUUGUUUUGUCAACAGCCUACACCAUCGGUAACAUAAACGCAUGCGAAUUGACCUGGAUCGACGAACGCAACUACCCGGGCGGACCCCCCCAAUCGAUUAUCAUCACGUUUCUUGCCGACAUCUGUUUGCUUUGGCGAUGCUACGUCGUGUACCACAACAAAUGGAUCGUUGUUGUACUUCCCGCCCUGAUUCUUUUCUCAACAGCGACUAUGGGCAUUCUCUACCUCAUCGAAAUUGCUUCACCACGCAACAGUAGCAGCGGAAUUACCAUCAAGGCCCAUGUCGCUUACAGGUCGUUAUCAGUCACUUUCAAUAUUCUCGUCACGCUCAUGAUGGUCGCCCGACUUCUCUUGAUACGCAAGAAAAUUCGAGCUUCUUUGGGGCCGCAGUACGGACGGCUGUAUACCGGGUUGGCCGCGCUGAUGAUCGAAUCUGCCCUGCCGCAUACUAUCGUCUCGGUUUUACUCAUCGGUUUGUACUGUUCGAACCACAUAGCUUAUCUCUUGUUCGUUCCAUUGUUGACUAUGAUCGAGGCGGCGACCCCGCAACUCAUUAUUCUUCGUGUUGCCUCCGGCUAUGCCCUGUCAAGGGAGACUGUCGCUACCGCAGAUCGGCAACUCCCGGUGCAAAGGGAUUGUCGCGGCAGUAAUGCUCUGGAUACCGCGCUGGUACCUGGAGUCAGACAAUCGACACUCCCGGAGACGACACUGGUGGGUGUCUCCUCAGGAGAAGUGAAGAAAGCGUCUUAG